UUUAGGUUUGAAUUAUAUUAUUUGUGACAUCUUCUUCUUCUUAUUACGAGCUUGAGUUGAACAUAGAGAUCUAGGGUUAAACUAAAAAAAAUGGAGAAGAAGGGAGUGAAUAUGGGAGCAGCCAUGGCUUCCUUGGUGUUGUUGGUCACGUUGAUAGGGCGGUCCACUGCUGUCGACAAUCCUGACUGCUACGCCAGCUGCCUCCCUAAGUGUGUCAAAGGUAGCGUGUUUGGCACCAUCACGUGCGCCGGCACUUGCAUAGCACAAUGCUUGGCCAGCAGCCCUUCUUUACUCAGUGUACCCAAAGACGAUCACUACUUUUGUAAGCUUGGAUGUGCUUCUUCCAUGUGUGCCAGUUUGAUCAAUACAGAAAACCCAGAGAUGGGGGAAGUGGGCGACUGUGUGGAUUCUUGCUCAGAGAAAUGCAGCAUAAGUAGUACCUUACCACAUAACUAAGAAGGAUUUGGUUUCUUAAUUAUAUAUAUAUAUAUACUUUCACAAAUGUAUGAAGUCUGCCCAUAUGAUGUAAGGCUAAGUUGGAAAUAAAAAAGAACAAUCUUAUGUGUUA